UACUCCGAGUCGAAACGUAAACGCAACUUGUAAAAAAGAUAGAAUUGACGCUAAUAUAACGAAGCCGCCAUUAUUGUAAAAUAAAAUUUUCAAAAUACAUUUCACGUGCUCAACUGGUUAUUAUUUGUUAUAAAUAGACGUUAUAGUCACAUAUUUGUACAGAAUGGCAGACAACGAUGAUCUCCUCGACUACGAAGAUGAAGAGCAAGCAGAUCAACAGACAGCCGAUGGGGCGACAGAAGCGGCGCCAAAGAAAGAGGUUAAGGGCUCUUACGUAUCAAUACACAGUUCUGGCUUCAGAGAUUUCCUACUAAAACCAGAAAUAUUACGAGCGAUUGUCGAUUGCGGUUUUGAGCACCCUUCAGAAGUACAGCAUGAGUGUAUACCACAAGCAGUAUUGGGUAUGGACAUCCUGUGCCAAGCCAAGUCUGGUAUGGGUAAGACGGCGGUGUUUGUGUUGGCGACGCUACAGCAGCUGGAACCUUCGGAGAACCAUGUCUACGUGCUCGUCAUGUGCCACACAAGAGAGCUGGCUUUUCAAAUCAGCAAGGAAUACGAGCGAUUCUCCAAAUACAUGUCAGGAGUGAAAGUGUCGGUGUUUUUCGGCGGAAUGCCCAUACAGAAAGACGAGGAGGUCCUCAAGACGGCGUGCCCACACAUCGUGGUUGGCACUCCGGGCAGAAUUCUGGCAUUAGUCAACAGUAAGAAGCUGAACCUGAAGCAUUUAAAGCACUUCAUACUGGACGAGUGCGACAAGAUGCUGGAAUCGCUGGACAUGCGGCGUGACGUCCAGGAGAUAUUUAGGAACACACCACACGGCAAGCAGGUGAUGAUGUUCUCCGCCACGCUCAGCAAGGAGAUCAGACCCGUCUGCAAAAAGUUCAUGCAGGAUCCCAUGGAGGUUUACGUUGACGACGAGGCCAAGCUGACGCUGCAUGGCUUGCAGCAACAUUAUGUGAAACUCAAAGAAAAUGAGAAAAACAAGAAGCUGUUUGAACUUCUUGAUGUGCUGGAGUUUAACCAAGUAGUAAUAUUUGUUAAGUCUGUACAACGCUGCAUAGCUUUAGCACAACUAUUGACUGACCAGAACUUCCCUGCAAUAGGAAUACAUAGAUCUAUGACUCAGGACGAACGUCUGUCUCGCUACCAGCAGUUCAAGGACUUCCAGAAGAGGAUAUUGGUGGCUACAAACUUGUUUGGCCGAGGCAUGGACAUUGAGCUGAACAUCGUUUUCAACUAUGACAUGCCUGAAGAUUCUGACACUUACCUGCAUCGCGUCGCCCGUGCCGGUCGCUUCGGUACUAAAGGUCUGGCCAUAACAAUGGUGUCGGACGAAAAUGACGCCAAAAUCCUGAACGAGGUCCAAGACCGUUUUGAUGUCAACAUCACGGAGCUCCCAGAAGAGAUUGAAUUGUCUACAUACAUUGAAGGCCGAUAGAUUUAAGUUCUAACACACCAAUAUGGUCAAAUAGGUUAUUUUUCACUUUUUGUAACAAUACCAGUUUUGUCUUGUGGAUUGAUGUUUAGUUAAAUCGAGCAAGUUAUGUCCAAAACCUAACUCUAGGAUAAAACAAAUGACUGUCUUAAAAUAAAGGCAUUGUGAUAACAAA